CCUCGCGCCCGCGCCUGCGCCGCGCUUCGACCGGCCUCCAGCUCCGGGGAGGGAGGUUUUUCUACAUGAGUGGACAAGACGAUUUUUGCAAGUCGAAGUGACAUAACAUCUUUUUAGGAUGUCUGAAGAUGAAGAAAAAGUGAAAUUACGCCGUCUUGAGCCAGCUAUCCAGAAAUUCAUUAAGAUAGUAAUCCCAACAGACUUGGAGAGGUUAAGAAAGCACCAAAUAAAUAUUGAGAAGUAUCAAAGGUGCAGAAUCUGGGACAAGUUGCAUGAAGAGCAUAUCAAUGCAGGACGUACAGUUCAGCAACUCCGCUCAAACAUCCGAGAAAUGGAGUCACUUUGUUUGAAAGUCCGAAAGGAUGACCUAGGGCUUCUGAAGAGAAUGAUAGACCCAGUUAAAGAGGAAGCAUCAGCAGCAACAGCGGAAUUUCUCCAGCUCCAUUUGGAAUCUGUAGAAGAACUUAAGAAACAAUUAAAUGAUGAAGAAACUUUAUCACAGCCUUCUUUGACCAGAUCCAUGACUGUUGGUGGAACGUUUCACAGUACCAAAGCUGAAGCUAGUCCUCAGAGUUUGACUCAGAUAUAUGCGUUGCCUGAAAUUCCUCGAGAUCAAAAUGCCGCAGAAUCAUGGGAAACCUUAGAAGCGGACUUGAUUGAACUUAGCCAACUGGUCACCGAAUUCUCAUUACUAGUGAAUUCUCAGCAGGAGAAGAUUGACAGCAUUGAAGACCAUGUCAACAGUGCUGCUGUGAAUGUGCAAGAGGGAACCAAGAACUUGGGGAAGGCUGCAAAAUACAAGCUGGCAGCUCUGCCUGUGGCAGGUGCACUCAUUGGAGGAGUGGUGGGGGGUCCAAUUGGCCUCCUUGCAGGCUUCAAAGUGGCAGGAAUUGCAGCUGCACUUGGUGGCGGGGUGUUGGGCUUCACAGGUGGAAAAUUGAUACAAAGAAGGAGACAGAAAAUGAUGGAAAAGCUCACUUCCAGCUGUCCAGAUCUUCCCAGCCAAACUGACAAAAAAUGCAGUUAAAAAUCACACUGCAGCAUUAUUGGCACCAACACAUCUAUCCUAAUGAUGGCCUUUGCUGCUGUUGACAGACACUCAGCCAACUUUUGAAACAAGUAUAUCAAGAUAGUGGCUGUAGAUGUUCAAACGGGAUUGAACUGUAUAAGUAGAUAUAUUUUGUUGUUUGCCGGGGUGUUAGUGGAGAUGUUAGAGAUUGAGGAGCCAGGGCUGAGGGUAUAUAAUGUCUGUCAGGUAAAGUUUAAAGACUGCCAAAGAGCAUAUUUUCUGCCUGUACAUGUAGAAACUGAACCCAUAACGCCGACAAAGACGGGAUGUGUGGAAAUACUUCCAUAAACAAUAGUUUCUUCCAUAACGCUGACUUGGAGAUCCUAAGGCCAAGCAUAUUUGUAGGAGAUUAUUUAGGUCUGUUAACAAGGAGAAGAACAGGAGUUGAAGAACCUUUCUUAGCAGUAUCUAGCUAGGGUAGGGGUAGAGGUGAACUUGAUAAUGGGGCCCAGUUGGUGGAUCCUAUUGCUUUUCGUGAACCCCCCAGAUUUCUGGUUAAGAAAAUUAAAAGUGCAGAAAAUGGAAAGAGAAGCCCACCUGCUCUUCAAGUAAUCUUCACCUGUGACACUGGCUUCUUUUCUGAACCCUUCCUUCUGCCGCUCGUUAAAUAAAAAUCUCAGAAUUUAAAGCGGUGGAUUUAUGAAGCCAGCAGCAAAGCUCUUUGUGUCAGCCUGUCUCCACAGGCCUCAAAGAUCUAGUGCUCUCUGCCUUCCUUCCCCUGUAAUUUUGAGAAGUUCUUUGUUUGGGGUGAAUUCUACCCUUGUGUAAUGAGAUCUUUUCUCACAAUCUGCUUUGUGUAUGUGUGUGUGUGUGUGUGUGUGUGUGUGUGUUGUCUACCAUCUCUGUCCAUCCAUUCCUGUAACCUCUAGGUUAAAAAGGAAAAAAAUUAAUCCUCAAAUAUUCCCAACAUUAUUAGAUUUGGCGUUAAAAAUUAGCAGGGGGAAAUAUGAGAUCAUUUCCUGGAGCAUCUUCCAAUUUCAAGGGGCUGCUGUACCUGCCACAUAAGGAGUUUUGACUUAAGUCUUCUUUUCAGCUGGCCUUUGGGGAAAUGGCCUUUGGUGCCAACUAGCUUUCUGUCUCUACUACUGUGUUUUUCCCAGGCUUUGUUAUCUUCCUCCUCUGUCCUUCACUUUUUGCAGCUGCUCUUUCCUCCCAAGGAUGGUAUUCUCACUUGCCUUUCCUCAUAGUCAAGAUGAGGAUGGACUCAGCCCCAUGGCAGGACUCAGGACUGAUGAAGGAUUUGUGGUGCUAAUCUCAACACUUGACAUUGACAGCAAGAAUGGCCCGGCCCAACCCAAUGUGUGUCUCCAACAGUUGGAAGGUUUUAAACCUCAGGAAAAAAAAAAAAAAUUAAGGUUGCAGACAGCCUCACCCUCCAUCCCUAAUUCAUUUGAAAUAGGAAAGAACCACCUGUUGCCUUACUCUUUUCCCCUUUCUGAGGACAGAGGAGCAGGCAUCGGCAUCGCAGAAGGUGUGAGCUGUUUUUGCCCAGGAGCCAAACAGGUUCAAAAGAGGAUUGAAUGUUUUAUCACUUCUCCCUUGCUGAGUUUAUUUUUAAUACCUUUUAUUGAUUGCCAACUUUUACUUCUGCGUCAAAUCUAAAGAGACUUUUCCUGCUUUUUGAAUCUCAUCAGUGAAUUAAUUCCAGUGAGAGAAAGCACCAUUUCAUGUUAUCAUUAAAUAAUUGGAGAGAGUCAAGUAUUGCUAUCUGUUGACUUAUAUCUUUUCCUUCCAAGAAGGAAAUCAUUUUAAUAAAUGUCAGAUUCUGAUCCAGUAUUUGAUUUUGAAUACCCAUAAGGUUGGAAUCAUUACUUUUGAACCUCUCCUUUUUAAAAAUUUUCUGAUUCUUGCUGUCCCUUUAACACAAAGUACCCAAACUAGAAUGAGCAUCAGAAUUACCCAGGGUGCUGAUUUAAAACAAGAUUCCUCAGCUUCAGCCCCAUGGGUGAUUCUAACAUAGCCAGUCCAGCCUAGUUAACUAACAUUAGUUAGUUAAUUAGUGAUGAGUAACAUUAUUACCCAGCUGUAUCAUUUAAUUCUGUAAUUUCCAGAAUUCUGCUCCUCAACAUGGCCCAAUCUUGAUCACUGCGUAUUACAUUCCGCCUCUAAACCGAAAACCAAACCAAACCGAUUGCCGUCGAUUCUGACUUAUAGCGACCCUAUAGGACAGAGUAGAAAUGCCCCAUAGAGUUUCCAAAGAGCGCCUGGCAGAUUUGAACUGCCGACCUCUUGGUUAGCAGCCUUAGCACUUAACCACUACACCACCAAGGUUUCCAUUCCCCCUCUACUAAUCCAUAAUUGGCCAUGCUUUGAGACCAUCUUGGCAGCACAAAGGACUCCUUAUAAUGCCAGGCUAAUUUUAUGUCAGGACAUGAAGAAGAGAGAGGAGACCUGCAAUGGAAUCUUACAUCUUGUUUGAAUUCUUAUGUUUACUGAGCCAGUAAAAAUGUGUGGGACACCACUGCAAGUAUUUACGUAGACCUUUGAUUUUUGCUACUCAUCAGGGUUGGAAUAUUACUCCAGCAGUCUUCACACUUAGGCAAGUUACAGUACUUGAAAAAAGCUAUGUAAUUUGAAAUUAUUUAGAAAUUAUAUCUAUUUUAUCCAUAAUAAAACCUAAUAGCCAGUUUUUGUAGAAAUUGCUAGUACUUAAUCAGCUAUAAACGAUAUACCUAUAAAGUAUUAAGUGUUUAGAAGUAUAAAUGAGCCAGUACAGCUCAGAGAGAAAUCUUAAAAUUCAAUGUCAUAUCCUACAAGUAUCAGAUUAAAUUUGUGGCCAAACUCAGAAGUACAGAGUGCAGAAUUUGAUCCUUAGCUUAUAAAGUGUUUCCAUCUCAUCAUACAUCCUACAAAUUUUCUUAUAUUCAUUGGUUAUAACCAGUGCUUAAACAGAGCUUUUUAUACUUAAUUUUAAAAUAAAACUGUUAAGCAAUGCUUUUGAAAACAAAUCUACUGUAACUCAUAGAUUGGAGUGGUACUUGCUGUAGUGAUGCUACUAUUACUCCACACAUUUUUGAAACUUUUCUUUUGGAAUAGCUUCCAAAGACAUUUUGCAAACCGCAUAAGAAAGCCACCUCCAUUUGUAUUAGUCACAGACUACACUCCCUGGUCCUUAUGACCUCGCUUCUCUUCCUUCCUCAGUCCAACUUUCCCUCUUCAGGCUUAGCUUUCCCCCGUUCUGUGCUGGAGCCGGUAACCUGAGGCUGCCAAGACUGUGCUGGUGCUGCCAAAACUAGCCAGACUUCUUAGAGUGAGAGCUUUUAGUUGUACUGAAGCAGAGUGCUGUAAAGGGAGAAUCCUUAGAGUCCGGAAAUGCUCCUCUGGGCUGCCAGCCUGCUGGUAACUGCCAUAGAUAGUUUGCACAGGACAAAGGACUGAGUACUUGUGCUAUCAACUGCAGGAAGUUGAGGAAACCUGUAAUGUAAAUACAUGGUGUACAACAUUUUUCUCCAUGGAAAGUACGGAAACCAAAAUAUGCUUUGCGUUAACUUUAAAAAUGGAAAGUCUUUCUCAGGGUACCCUUUGCCCUUCAUUGCUGCCACAUGAAGUCUUUGGGAUGAAGGCUGCAGGUAAAGCCUGGGACAAGUUCUCCUGUGAAAUGGGACGCUUUCUUCUCUUGUACGAAGUGUAACAUGGCUGUGGCUCUCAGGUACUUAGGAAUUUUACAUAAUGUUCUUCAGUAAUCAGAGGCCUAAUAAAAGGUACGGGAGCUUCUCCUCUAGGAGAAAUUUGUAAAAAAUUCAGGUUCUAUGUGGAUUGUGUGUUUCUAAGUGCUUCAUUUUAUUUUUAACAAGUGGUUCUCUUAUUUUAUAUUCAUUAAUUGAAUGCCCUUUUACAGAGUAUUAUAAAUGAUCUUGGGUAUGAUAAUCAGUGGUAAAGGAUCCACAUAUUAUCAUCUUUGCUACCUUCCAAGAAAUUACAUUAUUAUGGGAGAUAAAUAUAUCUGUUUGUUUCAAUGUUAACAAAAUAAAUUGAAAUAAAAAUGUAAAAGGUGUCAAAGGCAAUUUGCCCAAAGUAACAAAGCUAGUUAGCACAAGAGCUAAGGAUUAUAAUCAUAGUCUAAGGGAAAAAAAAAAAAAUCCUCCAAGUAAUUUAACUGAGUUUUUGUUAUACCAUAUCAGUUACUUUCUGA